UGUCAAUGGACGAUAAGUCAACAUUCUGUUUUCUGUACAAACAACGCAAUUUUUUACUGAAAUGUAAUAAAAAAUAGUUUAAAAAUGAGUGCAAUUUUAAAAUUUAUCCGUGAAAACCAUAUCUUAGCUCUAAUCGAACAAGCAAUCGUUAAAAGAAAGUCAAGACUAAGCUUAAACGCGUUUGAAAUUACAGAAAUACCUGACCUCUUGUACACCUGUUUCGAAGUGCAACAUUUGUACUUGCAUAAAAACAAAAUUACUACCAUUCCAGUGCAGAUAACGGAGUUAUUAAACUUAACAACACUAACGCUAGAUUACAAUAACAUUAAAUCGUUGCCGUCUGAAAUAGGGAACCUAAAAAACUUGGUUAAUUUGAACAUAAGUUACAAUCCUCUAAAUGUGUUGAUUCCUGAAAUUGGGGAGCUUGAGAACUUGGAAGCGUUCUGGUGUAAUAGGAUAGGGUUGCGAGAGAUCCCAAAGGAAAUCGGCAAGUUGGAAAAAUUGGAUACUUUUGGCGCGCGAGGCAAUGAACUGAAGACUAUUCCAGAGGAAAUGACAAGGCUGACCAAAUUAAGGUGGUUAACCCUAGAGAAUAAUGAAAUUGAGACGUUACCCGCCACAAUGGACAGCAUGGUCGCCCUAGUGCACUGCAACUUGAGGAACAACCGGCUCAGAGAGUUCCCGGGUUCGGUGCUCAAGUGCGCCGAACUGAUGUACUUGCAGCUAAAUAAUAAUCAGAUAUCAGCACUGCCAGAAGAUUUUGACACAAGUUUCCUCGCCGACCUAGAGAUGAUUGAUCUGAGGCUGAAUCCCAUUUGUGAAUUGUCACAUCCUGAUCACCCGUUAGUUCGUUACACUGAGGAACUGCCCACCACCGAGGGUGCGCCCGAGCUGGCGUCCCAGGGCUCCGCAAGCAGCCGCCACCCGCAGAACCUGGCUGUGAACGGAACAGCUCUGAGGAUACCGCCGGCUAACCAGCGUCACAACGAUCCUAUUGUGUUGGAUAUGGACCUGGAUGCAUCAUCGAUAGAAUCCUCUGAGGACUGGGAGAACAGCGUUAACAGUUCAGAAUUGGACGUGCAGUACCAGAGCGAAGACGAGAGGGCAGAGAAUGAGAUCGCGCGAACGUUCCAGGCGGUCGGCGCGGCGCUGCCGGAGCUGUCUCGGUACGCGUCCACCGCGAGCUGAGCGCGGGGGAGGGGGGCGAGUGGGGGG